CAUAAAAGUCCGUCAUCGUUUUCUCAGUAUCCGACCCACUCACAGCAUCCCACUGCACAAUGAACGUCACCGCUAGCACCAAACCUCAGCUACUACUUUACGCGCUCCUCACAGUCACCUGUAUGUGCGUUGCAGCUCAACUGCCUGUCAUUGGUUCGUCGAGUUGUGGUCCCAACUUCCCCAAGGCCUGUCUUUGCGGACGCGAACUCUAUGAAGGGAGCAUCAGUUAUAUUGUGAACUGCACAAAUACCGGCAUCCACAAUACCAGUGUGCUGGAGUUCAUGCCAGAUGAGGUGGAAAUUUUAAUCUUCACCGGCAACAUUGUACCCGAGCUACCUUGGAAUGUAUUCGGCUCGAUUAAUGAUUAUAAGAAUCUAAAGAUCGUCGAUAUGAGCAAUAAUCAUAUACGCGAAAUACGUGGCAAGUCCUAUCAUCACGUGCAGAAUGUGGAGCGUUUGAUCUUGAACCAUAACAAUUUAAGCAUUUCACGUGACGAUGACGUAAUGAAUCAUCAUCAUCCGCGUGUAUUUUCGAACUUUUUGAAUCUGCAAAGUUUGCAUCUCACAGAUGCAUUCGAUGAUAACAGUUCACCGCAGUUGAGCGAAGACUUGCAUGAUAUUUUCGUUAACAGCCAAUUGGUGAAUUUGCAAAAAUUACAUCUGGAACAAAACGAGAUUACACACUUUAAAGAUCGCAAUGUCUUCUGCGAUCUACCCAGUCUGCGCGAUUUACAUUUAGGCGAUAAUCUACUGAAAGAAAUCAAUUUUGAGGUGCGCUGCUUGAAGAAUCUGCGUUUUCUCGAUUUGGAGCGUAAUAAGUUCGAAUAUGUGAAAACGCAUGAUAUGAUGCUGCUCAACGAAUUGGAGACGCGCUCCGAUCGCACCACCAAUCUCAUAGUCGACUUCAAUCUAAAUCCGUUCGCUUGUGACUGCAAGAUCAGCUCAUUUCACACCUGGGUGCUGUCGACGAAUGUAACAGUACGGAAUAAGAAUACGCUAAUGUGCUAUCGCAACGAUGUGGAACCGCUUCCUAUAAUGGAGCUGAAUAUGGAAGGGUGUGCGGCGGCAGUGGCGGCUGCAACCAUGAUGUUCAACACCGCCGCAGAUUCGCACUAUGGUGGCAUCGGCAUGGACGAGAGUACAAGUGGUGAGGGUGUUAGCGCGACGGCAGGAAGGCCGCACAUGAAUCAACACACAGUGACACUCAUCUUCCUGCUGAUUGUUUUGAGCAUGAUACUGCUCGGACUAGUGGUGGCGCUCGUGUACGUGAGUCGUGAGCGCAUCAAGUAUAUGAUUACGCCAGUUUUCGACAAUGUAGCCAAAAAGGUGCAAUACACAUCGAUCAAAGACGAAGACUGUCCGGAAGUGUAUGUUUAAGGUGUACGAUCACAUUAGCCGGACUAACGAACGAUAAACGAAUGAACGAGUGAACGAUGAAUCGGGCGGCCAUAAUUGACAUAAGAGUUGCGUGACAGUUUUAAAACUUAGGAGCUAAUGUAAAAUGUUGUAUAACCACCAAUUAGUAGCGGCAUAGUUUGAUAGCCACUGUCAGGCCUGUUUAAGCAAAAGCAAUGACGUGGAAUUUAUUACAAACAGAAAGCUUACUUUGUGCCAUUUAAAGACAAAAAAUUAAAACAAAAAAGACGAAGGAGUGAAAGCAGGAAUUAAAAAGACGACAAAAGUUAUAUAUGUACAUAUGUACGUAUAUGUAUGUAGAUGAAAACUUGAGCUAGCAAAAGAAGAAUUUGAAAUGUAUGCAUAUGAAGGAGUGUCACAGGAAUUGUUGCAAACCAUCGUCUAACCAUACACACAUUCAUACAUACUUAUAUACAUACAAACAUGUACACUCAAUCAAACAUAUGUAUGUAUAUGUACAUUAGGAUAAACUAAAAUUACAAAUUUGAAAUUAUUUUCAAAACCUAUUUUUCACAGCAGAACAUGAACAUAUCACAGCAGCAUUUGUAAACAAUAAUAUUUCUAUUGCGAGAUGAAAUGAACAAAAAGAUUGAGGAGAAAAGAAAACAAAAGAAAUAACAUGCAAACUUACAUAUGUAGAAUGAAAGACAUGCAUAUUUUCUGUAGUUUUAAGCGAAAAAUUGUUGCAUUUAAACGAAAAGUAAAAUGGCGUGCAAAAGUCUGCGAAUUUACAAAAUGAGAGCUCAAUAAAAAUAAUAAUUUUUUUUUUUUGCAUUUGAAAACACUGAAAUAGUAGUUAAGAAUAUUUUAGAAAAACUAUAAUUUCAUAUACAAACUGAGCACAAUAUAUCCAUAUCUAUGAAUAAAACUUAUUAUAAUUAAUUUCAAAAUAAUGUAGGUUAAAAGCGCUAAAUUUUAAUUUUAUUGUCAGAAGCAAUGUUACAGUUAAUUAUAGUAGCGUUUGGUAAGUUUUGAUUAAAUUUUAAAGAAAAAGUUGUUGUUGCAUUUACAACACAGUUGACAGUGCCAAGAAAGCCUUGAGAAAUGUGUAAGAAACACAUUUUCAAACUGUUCUAUUUUGUGGAAGAAGUCAUGGGGAAACACUUUUGAUACCUUCGUUUAAUAACUUUUCUCUACUAGCGGUGACCCCUCGGCAGGCAAUGGCAAAGCUUCGAGAGUAUUUCUGUUAUAAAAAACCUCCUCCUACCGGCCAAACACCCAACAGCGCUACAUUCGCUUCUUUAAAGUAAGUUUUGCUUUUGCAGCAGGAUUUUUCUUAGAGUUAACUAACAUGGAAUUUAAAAUAAAAAUUAAUUUUAACUCUUAAAUGUCAAAAUUUUCUUUUCCUAACGAAGCAACUGUGUAUGUAUACUAUUUAAUGCCUUUUCAAUUAUAAAGCACAUUUAUUAUUCGAUAUUUUAGUAAUAUGAGUUUGAGGCAUUUUACACAGUGUGUUGUUGGUUGUUCUCUUACACAGCCGAAAGCAUUUAAGCAAUUCCGAUAUGCUUGAUAUUGAAAUAUGUCGGCAUAUGUAUAUGUAUGU